AUGAACCCAUUUACUCUACCCUCAACUGGCGGCCGAAUUGUUGCUGUACUUGGCGGAGGAGUCCUCGGACGCCGCAUUGCCUGCGGUUGGGCUGCAAGCGGAUAUGACGUUGUCAUUCGCGAUCCAAGUCCUGAACAGAGGAAAGAAGCUGUGGAAUACUGCAACACCAACAUGUUAGUUUACUCAGACUCGACAAUCCGUGGCUCUAUACAAGCUGUUGAAGGCCUGCCAGAAGCUGUUGCAAAAGCCUGGCUUGUCAUUGAAGCCGUGCCCGAGAAGCUUCCCAUCAAGAUUGAGACAUUUGCCGAUCUAGAACGACUCACAACGGAGGACACAAUCCUUUGCAGCAAUUCCUCCUCAUACAAGUCUAGAGAAAUGGUUGGAGAUCUCCGACCUGAUACGAAGCGACGUGUCCUAAAUAUGCACUACUAUCUACCUCCUGACUACCGUGUUGUCGAAUUGAUGACAGACGGGGAGACAGAUGAGAGUAUCUUUCCGUUUUUGUAUGAAAAACUUGAGGAGAUCAAUUUCCAUCCCUACGUGGCACGCAAAGAGUCGACUGGUUUCAUCUAUAACCGUCUUUGGGCUGCUAUCAAGAGAGAAGUUUUGAACAUUCUUGCCGAGGGGGUGUCUACUCCCGAGGAGAUCGAACGCCUCUGGAAGGAGAUGUGGUAUGCCAAAGAGAUGGGCCCUGUGGCUAUGAUGGAUACAGUUGGUCUCGAUACUGUGUCUUUCAUUGAGCAGCACUACAUCGCAGAGCGAGGUUUGCCUAACACCCCUGUCGAGUUUCUCCAAAAAUACAUCGAUGAGGGCAAGCUUGGUGCAAAGUCGGACAAGGGCGGGCUGCUGCCGUGCUAG